CCAGGUCCAGUGCCGGCGCUUCAGCUCCGACCGCGCGCCCUACCCCGGCAAGGUCUACCCUCUGCAGAGAUCCAAGCACCGGAAGUAUUACUACGACGCUCUCUUUGUGGCCAUCCUUAAGAAAAACAGAAAGAUGGCCAAGGAGAGGGGCCUAAUAAGCCCCAGUGAUUUUGCCCAGUUGCAAAAAUACAUGGAAUACUCUACCAAAAAAGUCAGUGAUGUCCUAAAGCUCUUCGAGGAUGGUGAGAUGGCUAAAUAUCUCCAAGGAGAUGCUGUCGGGUAUGAAGGAUUCCAGCAAUUCCUGAAAAUCUAUCUGGAAGUGGAUAAUAUUCCCAGUCACCUAAGCCGGGCACUGUUUCAAUCCUUCCAGACUGAUCAUUCAGAUGAGACUGUGAGAAAAGAUGUGGUGUGUCUUAGUGAUGUCUCCUGCUACUUUUCCCUUCUGGAGGGUGGCCGACCAGAAGACAAGCUAGAAUUCACCUUCAAGCUGUACGACACGGACAGAAAUGGGAUCCUCGACAGCUCAGAAGUGGACAAAAUCAUCCUACAAAUGAUGCGAGUGGCUGAAUACAUGGAUUGGGAUGUAUCUGAGCUGAAGCCGAUUCUUCAGGAGAUGAUGAAAGAAAUUGACUAUGAUGGCAGCGGCUCUGUCUCCCUAGCUGAGUGGGUCCGGGCUGGGGCCACCACCGUACCACUGCUAGUGCUGUUGGGCCUGGAAAUGACUCUGAAGGAUGAUGGGCAGCACAUGUGGAGACCCAAGAGGUUCCCCAGACCAGUCUACUGCAACCUGUGCGAGUCAAGCAUUGGUCUUGGCAAACAGGGGCUAAGCUGUAACCUCUGUAAGUACACUGUUCACGACCAGUGUGCCAUGAAGGCCAUGCCUUGUGAAGUCAGCACCUAUGCCAAGUCUCGGAAGGACAUUGGUGUGAGUGACCUCACACUCCCCCACCCCAUCACCACCCGCGCCCUGGCCCUGACCCUUGGCCCAUUGCUGCCUUCAGCCCCUCCUUCCCCCAGUCACUGCCGAGACCCUCCCAGACAUGGGACUGCCUUUCUCCCUAAGGUUCAAUCACAUGUGUGGGUUCGAGGAGGCUGUGAGUCCGGCCGCUGCGAUCGCUGUCAGAAAAAAAUCCGGACCUACCACAGCCUAACCGGGUUGCAUUGUGUAUGGUGCCACCUAGAGAUCCACGAUGACUGCUUGAAAGCCAUGGGCCAUGAGUGCGACUGUGGGCUGCUCCGUGAUCACAUCCUGCCUCCGUCUUCAAUCUAUCCCAGCGUCCUGGCCUCUGGACAGGAUCGUAAAACUAGCAAAUCAAAUCAGAAGACCAUGGAUGAUUUAAAUUUGAGCACCUCUGAGGCUCUGCGGAUUGACCCUGUUCCUAACACCCACCCACUUCUAGUCUUCGUCAAUCCUAAGAGUGGCGGGAAGCAGGGGCAGAGGGUGCUUUGGAAAUUCCAGUAUAUACUAAACCCUCGACAAGUGUUUAACCUCCAAAAGGAUGCUCCUGAGCCAGGGCUCAAAUUCUUCAAAGAUGUUCCUGAUAGUCGGAUUUUGGUGUGUGGUGGAGAUGGCACAGUAGGCUGGAUUCUAGAGGCAAUUGACAAAGCCAGCUUGCCUUUUGUGCCUCCUGUUGCUGUGUUGCCCCUGGGCACUGGAAAUGAUCUGGCUCGUUGCCUAAGAUGGGGAGGAGGAUAUGAGGGACAGAAUUUGGGGAAGAUCCUCAAGGAUAUAGAGAUGAGUAAGGUGGUAUAUAUGGAUCGAUGGUCUGUGGAAGUGAUACCCCAACAAACCGAAGAAAAAAGUGAUCCAGUCCCCUUUCAAAUAAUCAAUAACUACUUCUCCAUUGGUGUGGAUGCCUCUAUUGCUCACCAAUUCCACGUCAUGCGAGAGAAAUAUCCUGAGAAGUUCAACAGCAGAAUGAAGAACAAGCUAUGGUACCUCGAAUUCGCCACAUCUGAAUCCAUCUUCUCCACAUGCAAAAAGCUGGAGGAGUCUUUAACAGUUGAGAUAUGUGGGAAACCGCUGGAUCUGAGCCACCUGUCCCUAGAAGGCAUCGCAGUACUAAACAUCCCCAGCAUGCAUGGUGGCUCCAACCUCUGGGGUGAUACCAAGAGACCCCAUGGGGAUAUCUAUGGGAUCAACCAAGCCUUAGGCACUACAGCUAAAGUCAUCACGGACCCUGAUAUCCUGAAGACCUGUGUACCAGACCUAAGUGACAAGCGACUGGAAGUAGUAGGGCUGGAGGGUGCAAUUGAAAUAGGCCAGAUCUAUACCAAGCUCAAGAAUGCUGGACAUCGGCUGGCCAAGUGCUCUGAGAUCACAUUCCAUACCACAAAAACCCUCCCCAUGCAAAUUGAUGGGGAACCCUGGAUGCAGACACCAUGUACAAUCAAGAUCACCCACAAGAAUCAGAUGCCCAUGCUCGUGGGCCCAACCCCCCGCUGCACCAAUUUCUUUGGCUUCUUGAGCUGAAGGGGACACCCUCAGCUUCUAAGCCAGCCUUGAACCCACCUUCUCAUCCCUGGAUUCCACUCCCUGGCUAUGUACAUUGCUGCCACAUCCUCCUCAGGGGAGUGUUCCUUCACCCUCACAGUAUUUAUUAUUCUGUACCACCUCACUAUUCCCCAUGCACAUGUGCUCACACACACACACAUUGAAAGUGCCUCAUCUGAAUAAAAUGGCUUUUUUUCCCCAGUGGGAUA